CGGGGCUAGUCCGCUGCGCGCAAGGAGAGGGAGAUCACGGGCUGGCUCGGGUCCUCUCAGACGGACACGGGGAGACCACCUUACCAAUCACGUCUCCUUAAGGGCUGAAUAGGCGAGAACAGAAAAGAGCAAGAGAGAGAGUGAGAGGCAGGGAGAAAUAGAAGAAUAUAAAGCUAUAAGGACAACACCUCCGUUUGUAACCACAGGGAGUCGGCAUCUGGAAACAUAACGAGCGAAGAAGACCCCCCCUCGCGACAUCUCUCGGCUCUGUAUCUCCCAGCGCACCCCUCCUAUAGCCUACUCCCUGGAGAACGACCACCCAUUGAACAGCCUAAUUGACCAGCGUUGCCAUUAAGCAAUGCACUUUGAAUCCAAGACGAAACCGAACGCGUAAUUUUGAUGCACAUUUUACAACCAGUGAUCUUCAUUUUCCAAAACCGAACAGUUUAGACUAUGGAUACAGUUUUGGGUGUUUAGCCUAAAUUUGACGGGUUUCUGGUGACGUGAAAUUAUCUCAUCCCCGGUAACUGACAUCAACACUAUACUAUUAUCUCUUAUUGUUUGUGGAGGAGUCUUAUCAUCUUCGUUUUAUUCCAUUUUCCAUUUUCUUUUUCAAACCAAUGGUCUGGGAACGGACCGCCUCACUCGACACAUAAUAUUUUAUUUAGACGUGUCAGCUUCGUUUAGUGUUUCGAACAAGGACAACAUUACAGAAUUGCAAGGGACAGGCUUUUGCACAAAAAUACUGAGUGGAAAGUUUGUUGCCGGAGAGGGAAUAAAUCGGAGACAUUUCGGCCAUAUCCACGGGAUUUUUCCCUAAGGUGGGAGGUCCGUGGGCUGCAGCCAUGCUGUCCCUGGACGAGCCAUUGGACCUAAUGCUCCCCCGAGGGUGUGUCAACGGGCGGGACAGGGGUGCACGGUCGCCCCCCACCCUCACCCUCUCUCCGAUACCCUCCAAGCGCGCCCGGCAGCUCCGCAUGGCUGAUGAUGGCACAGCCGUCAUAGUGCCCGCCUCCCCGGCCUCGCCGCACACAGGUGUGCCGGUGGUCUCCCAAGAGAAGCCAGAGACACCCCCCACCCCCCCGGCCGUGGACCUCAGUACGUCCCCCUCCUCCCGCCACACCUCCAGCUCCCCAGAGAUGACCAACGGAAACGGGGUCUCCCACCGCAUCAUUGCAGGGGACUCAGCUCACAUCCGUUACGUGGAGAGCAGAGCCUCCUCGCAGGCCUUCCAGUUCUUCGUGCCGAUUGGUGCUGGGUCCGGACUCCACCUGCCGUCAUCCAUGUUCAUUGGCCAGCCCAACGACAAGCGGGCCUCUCCCGAUCUCUCAGCAGACGAACAGCUGGCCUGUCGCUGGAGGAAGUGCCAUCUUCUCUUUGACUCCCUGCAAGACCUCGUGGACCAUGUCAACGACUUCCAUGUCAAACCUGAAAAGGAUUCUGGCUACUGCUGCCACUGGGAUGGCUGCGCUCGCAAAGGGCGGGGCUUCAACGCUAGGUACAAGAUGCUUAUCCAUAUCCGUACCCACACCAAUGAGAAGCCUCACCGUUGCCCCACCUGCAACAAGAGCUUCUCUCGCCUGGAGAACCUCAAGAUACACAACCGCUCACACACAGGUGAGAAGCCCUACAUCUGUCCAUACGAGGGCUGCAGCAAGCGCUACUCCAACUCCAGCGACCGCUUCAAGCACACACGCACCCACUACGUGGACAAGCCCUACUACUGCAAGAUGGCCGGCUGCCUGAAGCGCUACACAGACCCCAGCUCCCUCCGUAAGCACAUCAAGGCCCACGGCCACUCUGUAGCCCAGGAGCAAGGCUCUCCGGGCGGGCUGGGCUCCCUGCUCAAGGGGGGUCCCCUGGGGGUGGGGAUGGGUGGAGGAGGGGGGAAGCUGGGGGAGUCGGAGCUGAGCUACAUCAGUGGGGCCCAUAUCAUCAUCCCCAGCGCCGCUGCCGCUCUCCUGGGGGGCCACGCUCUGCAGGGCCUGGGGGGCUCCAUCCCUCUAUCCCCCCUCGGCCCCCGGCCCCUGGACCUGAGCAUGCUGGGGGGGUGCCCCAGCUCCCCUUGCACCACCUCCAUCCUGUCCUUCAAUGGUUCUCCUCUGAGCUUGGCCACCAAGUCAUCCCUGGGGCUCUCCCCGGCCUUCCCCUCCUCGGCCCUUGGGCUGGGGCCCACCAUGGUCCCCGUGUCCCUAGGAGGAUCUAUGGGGUCGUCCACCUCGGAGCGCAGGGCCCACCACCACGGGCGUCACUGCAAGGGAAAAAUUGGGGGGGAGGAGGGGGAGGACGAGCUUCACCGUGGGGGGGUGCUGAACCUCUCCACGGGGGCCUCCCACGACCCCCUGUCCUGGGUGGUCAUCCCCUCUGGCACGGUUGUGCUCAAGCCAGCUGUGGUCAACUAACACACACAUUCCAGAGGAGCUCAGGGGGUGGGG